CAGGGGGCGCCGCAGCAGAGCCGGGGGCUGGGGGCAUCUCCCUCCAUCUCCCAGCAGGGGAAGGAGCUGGUGACGUCGCCCAUGGAGAGGGCCCAGCAGCGCGUCCUGACUGUGGCACUGGAGGAGUGCCCCAUGGCAGCAGAUGCCAGCCUUCAGCAGGAAGAUCUGCUGAUGCCGUCGCCUCCUAGCACGGUUGAUCAGCUGACAGCAUCUUCCUCUUCCUCGGACCAGUGGGAGCGCUGCCCACAGCCCGAUCCUGUCCCAGAAGAAGCCGAGCCACCUGGCAGCCUCCUGCCUUCCUCUUCCUCCGCCUGGCCUCCCCCAAUCUGUUCGCUGCUGCGCCCCCGGGCCACGGUCCCCCCCUUGCGGCACUGGGGCAUCGCCCCGCUCUUCCAGAGUGUCAAAUCCAAGCUGGAGACCUUCGCCGACAUCUUCCUGAGCCCGGUCAAGCCGCGCCUGCGCCCCCCGCCAUCUCCUCAUCCGGAUGAGGGAGAGGGUGGGGGGCAGCCGGCGGAGCCCCCCCGCCCCGAGGAGGAGCCAGCGCUGAGCCGGAGCGGGCCAAGCCAGCAGGGGGCGCACAGCUCGCGCCAAGGGGUGAACAUUGAGGUGAAAAUUGCCAUCUUGCAGCCAGCGGAGAGGAGGGGCCCUGGCGAGGCCAAAGAUGAUGGGGAUGGGGACAGCAUUGUGAGCCGCCGACCCCCCAUCUGCCAGUGGCGCCUGAGCCCUGAGGACCCCAGCCAGCCCCGCCUGGGCCGCAGCUACUCCUGCCCGGACUUCCCCUGGGCCAUGCCGUCCCCAUUGCCAGCGUCCGCCCCCUGCCCACCUCGCCGGCGCCGUCACACAGUCUGCAGCCUGGAGGUGUCGCGGGAGUUGCUGCGGGGCCACCCCUCGCCCCCCAUCCUGCCCUGCCUGCGCAAGGAGGUCUUCCCCUUCCCGUCCCCGGCCUCCCGCCACCUGCUCAGCCCAGUGGUGUGCAUGACCCGCUGCAAUGAGGCCCGUUCCUCCUGCCCAGGGCCACCCCACCACGAGGAGCCUGCCACUGCCCUGCUUUGCCCCAGGGACGGCUCCCAGCGCCCGGAGCAGGGGGACAGGGGCCAUGGCGUCACCACAGGUGGGAUUCUCCUGUCACACACAGAUGCCAAGUGCUCCCAGGAAGAGACCACAGGGAAAGUGUCCCGCUUCCGCAUCCGCAAGACCCCAGCCAAACAGCAAGCCAACCUCACGCCAAUGGGCCUGCCCAGGCCGGUCAGGUUGGACAAGAAGGAGUUCAGUUUGGAGGAGAUCUACACGAAUAAGAACUAUCGCACUCCCACCGAGAAGCGGACCUUCGAGACGAUCUUCGAGGAGCCUCGGGAGCGGAACGGGGCACUGGUGCUUACCAGCCAGCGCAAGCUGAAGCGCACCAUGGAAUUCCAGGACAGCAGCCUGCCCCGCAAGCAGCGCCGUGCCCGGCCCCGGGGGAGGCUGGCGGGGCGAGCGCCAGGUGGGCGCCGGGCCCCACCCCAGCACCCCGACCUGGAGGAACUGCUGCGCCAGCGCCUGGCCGAGCUGGACGCCCUGUUUGAAGCUGAUGGGGACUAGGGGGCGCUGUGCACUGUCCAGAUCCAUGCUGGGCAUUGAGCCAGAGACUGAGUGGCCCCCUCUGUCCUUGGUAUUGCUCACUGGCCUGGGGGAGCUCCCAGAAUCCUCUGGGAUCCUAGGAGAGUAGUUACCUCACAGGAUACUCCCAGAAGCCUCAGCUCUUCCAGGGAGCAUCUCCCCUGGGGGUACACCCAGAAUGUCCUGCUAUUGGAUCCUCCUAGAGCCAUCGUGUCCUAUGGGGUACUCCCAGAAUCCUCUGCUCCCCUGGGGCUCCUGGACCCACGUCCAAGCAGAGAGAGAUGUCCUAGUUCUACCCAGAAUCCUUUGCUGCCCAGGAGGAGUCAUCUCCUCCUUGAGCCCUAGUUCCACCCAGAAUUGGCUGCUUCCCUGGGGGCAGCUCUUGGCUGCUCCCAGAUCUGCCUGAGCUGAG